AUGCAAGAACCUGCUACCCUAGAUCUACAACGGCUAAUCGACGACAUGGGCCUUGUCAACGAUGACAUCGUGAUUAAGCCAAGCGAGGAUCAUGACGAUGACGACAUCAGGACGGUCGCGCAAAGAAUGCUCGAGACUAUCAAGAAUACCAAGGUCAAGAUGGACGAGAUCGACAGGGACCCCUCAUUCUUUCCACCUCUCGUGCCUGUGGAACCUAAGAAGCCUCCUAAGCAGCCUCCGCUCAUGGCCAAUGUAUUUCCGACACAUCCCAAGCUAAUCCGCUGGUUUUUUGCAGACCGCCACAUGAUGAAGUUGGUGAACAACACAAGUUACGUAGACGACGAAGGACUAUUGUAUCAAGUCUUCUCUUAA